CUUUUUUGGACGACAGCUCCCAUCAUCCUCCCGCUGCUAUCAACAGAGUAGCUGGGAGGUUUUUGAGACUCAACUGUCCACAGAAUCUUCCAGCUGCGGACGGAUGGAUGGUCUUUAAAAAGGGAUCACCUACACUUGCUUUUGGAUUGCGUAAGGACAACACAACUGUGGUUUUUUUUAUAUCCCUUAAAUAAAGCAGGAUCUUAAUAUGAAUCUGGAAUUCUUGUCUCAUUAAAUUUACAAAACGAACUGCAGAGGGCUUUUUCCCCCACUUCAAAUUUUUCGAAGGCCCGGAAGACGCUCUCAGGCAAUAAUGAACCUCGUCGGGCAAGAAGUAUCCCCAGAAGUUGAGCCUGUGUGGCAUUCUACAAUUUUAUCUCUACGAUGCUUGCGUGAUCCCGGAGGCGCUGAGCUGUCACGUGACCGAGGGACCCUUUCCUCCCCCGCCCCCUAUUGGCUCCCUGCUAUCGCCUUCGUCCUUGGGUGUCUUGUUCAGUCAGGGGUCCCCGUAAAGGUCAGCGGGCAGCUCCCUCAGGGCGAGUCAAUACCUGAAAUUCCUCCCAAACCUGGAGAACUAAGAACAGAACUCUUGGGCCUCAAAGAAAGAAGUCAGAAAGCUCAGCCUUGACAGUGAUGGAAGACAAGGAAUCACCGCAUCCUUCCAAAAAUACACUUUUAUUUAUAAUUGAUUCUUUACAACUGGGCUAUGGAUUUUGAUCAUGUGUUAUAAAUCGUGGUUGAUUUCUGAAGAGCAUAGAACUUGCUGCCUUGGCUGUUAAUAACAUUUUAUCUUUGGCUCACGUAGAUUCCUGAGGCCAAAGUAAUGAAGGGUGCCUUCACAUGCAGCCUGUGCAAUGGCUGCAAUCUGUUGCAUGUUUUAGAGUUGGAAAAGGAUUUUUGUAAGUGGGUGCCAUAAACACCUUGAACAAAUUAGACAUUGGUGGUAAUUGCAUUUUUCUGCAGAUGAUGGAUUUCCCUGCCGUCAUUCAUGUUAGAUAUGACUGAAGAUGUUCUCUGUGAGGUUGACCUUGAAGGUGUUCAGUCAAUAGUGGAUAUGGAAUGUAGAGCUUGGCAGUUGGGACACUACUGUUCUAGUUUCAAUUUGCAGUUGGCAAGUUUUCAAACAAAAGUCAGUGUCUAGCUUUUACAUAACCAAGGACUGCAUUUCCUAGCCUGAGAGACAAUUGGUCUGCUCCUUUUCAUCUUUCCUAACUGGUACAACUACUGAUGAGAGCUACAGUCCAGCACAUCUGCAGAGCACCAGGAUGGGGAAGUCACUUUUCUGAGUUUCCUGACAUUAGCUCUAAAGGAACAAUUCCUGCUACAUAUUCCAUCCACUGACCUUGGAAGAUGCAGAAAGGCACAGAGCAGCAUCUUCCUUUAUCUGCAACACAGUGAGAAAGCCUUUGGGAAGAGAGCUCGUUAAGAAGCUUGUAACCACUGAAUGGGUAAAAAGCUGUGGGCAUACAGCCAGGAUCAGUCUCACAGAAAUUCUACUAAAAGAUCUAUACAAGUAUAUUUUCAGAAUGAUUCUUAAAAUUGGUGAAAGCUUCAAAAAUGUUCUAUUUGAAUUUUGCUCUUUAUUUUCAGUUACUUGUAACAAAUGACAAUUUUAUGAAUGUAAUUUGCUUUGAACCUCUCAAAUGGAAAGGGAAAUAUAUAAUGUAUACUUCCACGUGUACUCUACUGUAACCUACAGAGUAAAUUAAUUCAGCAAA